AGGCGGGCUUUGCCCCAGCGGAGCACUCCAGUCAGGAGAGAGAGACCGAGAAGGCCAUGGAUCGACUAGCCAGUGGAGCACAGAGUAUCCCUAAUGACAGUCCUACCCGUGAUGAGGGCACCCAGUCUGAAGAGGAUGGCUUUGCUGUGGAUGAUGAGGAUUCUGACGGGGAACUGAAUACCUGGGAGCUGUCAGAAGGAAUGUCUGGCUGUCCAGCCAAGGAACAGGCUGCUGAUCUUUUUAAUGAGGACUGGGACUUGGAAUUGAAAGCAGAUCAAGGGAAUCCAUAUGAUGCCGACGACAUCCAGGGUUGCAUUUCUCAAGAGGUCAAACCUUGGGUGUGCUGUGCCGCGCAAGGAGACAUGAUCUAUGACCCCAGUUGGCACCAUCCGCCUCCUCUGAUACCCCAUUAUUCCAAGAUGGUCUUUGAAACGGGACAGUUUGAUGAUGCCGAGGACUGAGUAUGCAGCCUUUUGCCUGGUGGUGGGUGGCUGGCCGGCCCUCCAGAUCGAGGUCUGCUUUCUUUGAGGCGAGAUGCCGGAUCUGAGGAAACAUUCCCAGUGAUCCCCGAGUCGGGCACGCAGACUGGUGUUAAGUAAGGUCCCACUGUCACCCAGUUCUGUUGUUGUUGUUGUUUUUAAUGAGCUCCUCCUUGGAAUGUGUGAGUGUUUGUGUCUGUGUCAGGAGAAGUUGUGUUCUUUAUAAAUAAAUGUAGAAAAAAAUCA